AUGAGGGGUGUCCUUCCGGACUUCCUUGGAACCGACUACUCUGAAAGGUGUAAAGAAGCUUUGAAAGAGGUGGCUGGGAUUUCGCUCCCAAACAUGUUUGACCAGGCUGUGGUGAAGCAGCUUGUCCAGGAGGUGGUGGACAGUGUUGAAGGGCCGUGCUUGCUCCUAGUGAACGACUGUUUCGCCUAUGCAACCGAGGUGCAGCAGGCUGUGGCAUCACACAUCUGUGGGAUUUACCCUGGGCUGAACAACGUGGCUCACCUUCAAGGCCUCAAUGCCCUGAGGAAGGCUAAGGAGUCAGCAAGCCGUUUCAUUCAAGACAUGCUGACUAAGGAGAAGAAGGUGAUCUUUACGCUCAACCAUUACUACAUGGACACGGUGUCUCAAAUCCAUGUGAAAAUGGCCGAAUACAAGAAAGGGCAGCCUGGUAGCUCGGAGCAAGGUCCCCCUCCUAUUCCUUCUAUUGGAGACUUCGCCUCCAGCACUGCUUCACUCGCCAAUCUGAUAAGCAACGACGACCAGGCUGCGAGGGAUCUUCAGAUCAACAUGUUUUCUUAUGCCAAGGUGAUGCACAAGAGGUUGUGUGAUGUGAUCCCCAUGGAGAUUCGGAUGUGCCUUGAGAAUGCUCUCCUGGAUGGCAUUGAUGGUGCUGUGUGGCGGGAGAUUCAUGCUGGAGACAUAUCUAAGAUAGCAGCCCUGAAGGCUGUUGAUCAGCAGCGUAGGGUUCGACUGGAGGAGAGCAUAAAACGGCUGAAGGCAUCUGAAGCCACGCUGCUGUCACUCGCAUUUGAUGUUCCUGGCCCUUCAAACCCGGAGAACCGAGCAGCAGAAUACGCAGCAGCAGCAGCAGCAGCAGCAGCAGGAGCAGCUUCAGGGGUAAUCUCAGGAAGUAACAGCAGCAGCAGCAGCAGCAGCGCCAGCAGCAGCAGUGGCAGCAGUGGGGGAGCCAGCGGGGGGGCGGGGCUGUACCGAGUGCCGGUGUCGGGGGGCGUGCAGAGCGCCACUGCCUCCCACGGGCUGCCCUCGCCUGCUGUUGCCGUGCGCAACCUCGUGGAGCAGGUGAGACGGUGGUGUGUGUGGGGCCAGGUGGUGUGUGUGAGGAAGGUGGUAUGUGGGGCAGGUGGUAUGUGGGGCAGGUGGUAUGUGGGGCAGGUGAUAUGUGGGGCAGGUGGUAUGUGGGGCUGGUGGUAUGUGUCUCGCAACCUGGUGGAGCAGGUGAGAUGGCCGGUGUGUGUGUGGGGCAGGUGGUGUGUGGGGCAGGUGCUUUGUGGAGCAAGCAGUAUGUGCCACGGGCAGGCUGUCCGCGGCCAGUGUGUGCAUGCGGGACAGGCGCGCUUCGCCCAUCUGUGCAGCAUCAUGUCGCGCAUGCACCACCGCCGCAAGGGCUACCCGUUUGGCUCGCUCGUCGACUUUGCCACCGACGACGAGGGCCAUCCCAUAUUCCUCCUCUCGCCUCUCUCCAUACACACGCGCAACAUGCUUGCAGACCCUCGCUGCACUCUUGUUGUUCAGAUCCCAGGGUGGAGUGGGCUGGCCAACGCACGGGCCACCAUAUUUGGAGACGUGUAUCCGGUGCCGCCGUCCCAGCAGCAGUGGGCGCAGCGCUUCUUUGCCCGCCGUCACCACCACGGCGCCGCCCAGAUGUGGGGCAACUUCAGCUACUACCGCAUGCAGCAGAUCUGUGACAUCUAUUUCGUGGGCGGCUUUGGCACGGUGGCGUGGAUUGAUGUGAAGGACUACCUUGCUGCCACACCGGAUGCCAUCGUGCUGCAUGACUCUGAGGCCAUUCUGCAUGAGUUGAACGUACGGCUGGGAUCGGAUCUGAAGCGCCAGCUGGUGUCGAUCCUGCCGCAGCCUGUGGACGAUGCACUGUUCAUCAGCAUCGACGGCAAGGGUGUUGACAUCCGUGUCCGGCAUGGCGCUAAGUUCAAUGUGCAGCGGCUGUCAUUCAGUGCAUCAUCGGAGGUGCGGGACACAGAGGAGGCCGUGGCAGCGCUGCACCAGGUGCUUAGCCAAGGCGUCACCCCUCUCUCCAACGGCAUGCUGCAAUAA